AUGAUGAGGAGGAGGAGGAGGAGGAGGGGGGUUAAAAUAACUCAAGCGUGGCUUGCAGCUUUUACGCAUGACUUCCACGCGUGUGUGCGUGUUCUGCGUGUUGCCAUCGCUUUGACGCACAUGUGCGACCACGGAUUUCUUUUUUUUGUGCGUGUCUUUUUCUAUUGUGCCGUUUGACAAACACCAAGAGAUGGCCGGUGCGCGCGCCCGGGCUUUGCGGGCUCAGGGGAGGAGGUGCUUCACCUCCCUCCUGCCAGUUCUGCACGGUCAUGACCUGUCAUCACGCCCCUCCUUCAGCCCGACUCUUGCUAUUGGUCCUGCUCAGUGUCACUCCACGGCUGGUCGGCACCGCCCCCGCGUGGGCUGAAGGAGGGGAGGGCGGGGCGGAGGGGCACAUCCAUGCAGACAGCAAAGAGGACCGCCUCGCCCCCUUUCUCCUUGCCCAGGGCCAUGCUGGCAACACGUCGCAGGACCAGCAGAGGUCGGACCAAGAGACAGACCCAGCGCGGGUGCUCUCUAUCCUCCUGCGGGCUCUAGAUCAACCGGGGAAGGGACAAGAGAGGACAGGUGGCCCGGGGGAGGAGGACACUCAGAGCCGGGAGGAGUCGCCCGCUAGCGAAGGCUUAAAGGGCGAUGAGAUAAGGAGCGGGCAAUCGGAGGCGGGGCCAGAAACUGAUAAUGCUAUCAAGGAGCUCAUCGCAGGCCGCUUGACGGCUGCUCAGGGUAAUGACUUUGAGGAGGACCAGGACAGAGGCCACCUGGGCGGCGACGUUAUCGAGGAGCAAGGGGAAGAGGAGGAAAAGGCGGAGAAAAAUGAGGCGGAAAUCUUCCUAGAUGUGGCCACAUCCGACUCCUCCUCCCAGGGGGAUGAUCUUUCCCUGCAGCGCAAAAUACGAGGCUACUUCCAGAACAUUGACUUGGGCCUCCAAGACAAUGAGAUCCUGCCUCCCCUGAAGGGCUACAAAGCAUACAACACACAGCUGGCCCGGGCCGGCAAGAAGCUCCACUGGCAGGAGAACGGCGCCACCAACGGGCCCACCAAGGGGGGCAACUUCAUGGAUGACUUUGAGGACGAGGGCGGGGUGCUGGAGGAGGAGGUGGAGGAGGAGGACGAGAGCCUUACCCGCAUGGAGGAGGAGGCCAGGGCACGGGCUGAGAAGCAGGAAGUGCUCCGGCAGCAGGAGGAGGCGGAGCGGGCCCGCGAGGAGGAGCAGCGUUUGGCGGACAUCGCCUCCGACAUGCUGCUGCAGUACAUGGACCGCAAGCAGCAGGCCUUCAUGAAGCCGCGGCAGAAGAGCAGCAACACGGCCGAGGACAAGCGAUCUGAGGAGGUCCUCCCGGACGAGGAUGAUCUGGACCAGCAGAUGAUCGAUAGGCUAAUCGAGAUCAGCAGCAAGCUGCACCUGCCGGCCGAUGAUGUCAUCGAGAUCAUCAGCGACGUGGAGGAGAAGAAGAAGAAGAGGAAAGAACUGCAGCAGCAGCAGCCGGCCAUCGUUGCCAAGCCUGUCAUGCCGCGCUUCAGGCCUCUCGUUCCUCCCCCUCUGGUGGCACCGCCCAUUUACCACUACACGGCCUCCAAAAACCCCAAGAAAGCCCCUUACAAGUACAAGUCCAUGAAGAAGUGGCAGAAGGACAAAGUCAAGUCGCACAAGCAGGACUACUGGUACCAACCUCAGAAGCAGAUGGACUACUGGUACAAACCCCAGAAACAGUUUCUCGCCUUCCCUUCCUACCCGUACUACCAGAAGCCAUACCGGGCGUACUACCCUGUUUAUUUCCCUUACCCCAAAUCGCAGUACUAUGGCAAGCCCCCUCCCGCCAGAGACCAGCUCUUCAGCCCCCAGGAGCUCGACCUCCAGGGCCCGAGGCGCAGGCACCGAGAUGGGGGCAAGAACCGGGGUCAGGGUUGGAGACAGCGACCGGCGCCUCGAAUGCCCGUCGCCGCCCCUUACAUCUCUAACUAUAUCCUCCCUCACCCACGGACCUACCAGCCCCUGCCGCCCCCGAAGCCGCUGGCCCCGCCCCGGAGAGGUCGGCGGCCCCCGUACUACUAUCCACACGACACACCGGGAGACGACUACGAGGAAGACGGCCUGGUGCCUCAGCUGGACAGUGAGGAAGAGCUAGAGAACUUUAUCGAGAGAAUCUACAUGAAGCGCAGAAUGUACUGAGGGACCACUUUCUUUUACGUGGGACGUUUGACCCAUCGGAGGGGGCGGACAGAUGUGGGAGGGGCUGGCUAGCAAGUGAGGGGAUAAAACUAGGAACAAGUUGGCGUUUAAGGCGAGUUAUGAUGGUCCAGAUGCGAGAUUGUGGUUAGUUUAAUUCACUCUGUGUGUUUUUGAUUUUGUUGUUAUUAGGUUCGGUCAGGGUCAGGUGACCCUGCCAGCGCCAUGUUUACAUUUGGAACCAGAACAUACGGCGGCGUACGUCCGCAUUCAUUCAGGUCAAACUGAUGCGUACACGCACACACACACACACACACACACACACACACACACAAUCAUGUUUACAACAUCUCUUUGUACGUCACAUUGCAAACCUGAUUUAUGAGGAGUAUAAAAAAUGACAACAAGCCUUUUGUUAUAUCGGAUUUGUGCUGGUGCCUUUCUCACUUGGGAUUGGAGGAAACAGCAAAGAACAAGAAAAGGUGCCACAAACACACAUCUUUUUUUCUGAUUUUUCCUGAAUUUUGCCUUACGCACUACAGUCAUCCCUCGUUUAUGGCGAUCCACUGGUUCCAGACCGGGCCUUGAUAAAUGAAUUUCCACGGAGUAGGAUUUCUUAUUUAUAUAUGGAAUAUUCUGGUAGUUGGAGCACAGAACACCUUCUAAAUACGUUUUUUUUUUUACGUUAUUAGAGCCCUAUAGACAUGAAAUAACACCCCUAUAGUAACUUUUACACUCCUUUUAGCCAAUAUAGUAGACAUAAAAUAAGCCAUUUAAAACCUAAAUAAGUCAUAAUGAAGACUUUGCAUUGGGAGAGUCACACCGAGUACUUCCUGAAGUGGCUAUUGUCUCAUCGGUGUAACAUCACUGACACCUAGCGACUAGUGUAGAGUACUGCAUACCAAAGACGUGUAUAUACAAUGCGUCUUCUGAAUAUCUUAUAUUUCUAUUUUAGUUCAUUCAGCCAUUUUUAUGCUUGAGAAUGCUUGAUUUAGGCCAGAAAUACCUAAAAUUUGCUUAAAUAUGCAUAGUCUAUUGAUAUUAAUAACAUCAAUAUAAUUCUGUUAUACAUUAUUAUAUUAAUAUGCAUAUACUCGCUCCCUCCACCCGGUCACUGUUGGUGUGUCCCUGGGCAAGACACUUCACCCGCCUUGCCUGCAGUGCUGCCCACACUGAUGUAUGAAUGAGUGAAUGAAUGUUUGGCGGUGGUCGGAGAGGCCGUAGGCGCGAAUUGGCAGCCACGUUAGACUACCCCAGCACAGUUCGUUUUACAGAUGUAGAUGACCACCACCAGUGUGUGACUCAGUGAAUGAAUAAUGGUUUCACUUCGUUGUGAAGCGCUUUGGGUACCUUGAAAAGCGCUGUAAAAAUCAAAUCCAUUAUGAUAAUUAUUAUUAUAAUUUUUUUAAACAAAACAGCGCAGAUUUGAGAAAAAAAACGUGAUAAGAGUGAAGCCGUGAAAUUUGAAGCGUGAAGUGGCGAGGGACGACUGUAUUCGCUCAUCAGCAAACCCUGCGGACCCCCCAAAGCACAAACCUAAACAGUAAACACUUCCGACCUGGUGGGCCGAGGGUUCACAGUCAUUAUGCUAUGGCAAUGCAUCAGACUGGACACAUAUCUGCUUCAUACAAAAAAAUAAUAACGCAACUUUAUGUGUUUGACCAUCAUUUUGCUGUACUGUAUUGUAUUUUUGAUUUUUUUUUUUUUUUUUUUUU